GCCAGUGAGGAUAUAAAAACCACAGAACCAAGUCUUCAUACAGCCAGUGUUCAGGCAAACACAUCACGGGACUAACUUUCACUGAACAGGAGAAGAUAUAAGGCCUUAGUGGGAGUUGGCUGUAAAAGCAAUCACGGACACAGAGUACCCAUGGCAUCGACACACUCUAACCUCUCAAUGGCCACCAACUCGUCAGAAGAUCUAAUGAUCAAUUCUUCCUCAUGUGAUUCCAUCUCCCCUUCUCUGCAUCAGAACAAGCUGAUCCCCACCAUCUACAGUGUCAUCUUUGUCCUUGGUUUUGUGGGCAAUAUCUUGGUGGUGUUCGUGUUAUGUCAAAAGUCCAACCGUAAAACAGUGGCCAAUACUUACAUUGUAAACUUGGCCCUCUCAGAUCUGUUGUUCCUGAUCAGCCUGCCUUUCUGGGCAGUCUACUACUCCUUUGACUACAACUGGAUGUUUGGUGGGCUGAUGUGUAAGCUAUGUGGCUGCCUCCUCUCCCUGAACGUCUACGCCAGCAUCUACUUCAUCACCUGUAUGAGUGUGGACCGAUACAGAGCCAUUGUCUAUCCCCUCCAGUCUCAGUGUAGCAGGAACUUGUGUCGGGCGCGAGUGGUCAGCGGUGUGAUCUGGACCAUCGCCGGCCUCAUGACCAUCCCCACCAUGGCCUUCCGAGACACCUACCACCUGAAGGAGCUGGAGGUCACGGCCUGCGUCCUCAUCUACCCACCUACCCAGCCCUACUGGUUCCCAGGCCUGGCCCUGACCAAGAACAUCCUGGCCUUCUUGGUGCCCUUCACAGUCAUCGCCAGCUGCUACUGCCGCAUCGGGAAGCACCUCCUGGGGGGACAGCCCAGCCUGGACAAGAGUUCCAGCAACCUGGACCGCGUAAUGAAGAUGGUGGUGGCUGUGGUGCUGGCCUUCUUCGUCUGCUGGUUCCCCUUCCACGUGCUGACCUUCCUGGAUGCCCUGAGGACCCUGGGGGUGAUGCACAGCUGUUGGGUGCGCCAGGCCAUCAUUACCCUUAUGCCCUUCACCCUCUGCCUGGGCUUCUCCAACAGCGCCAUCAACCCUUUCCUCUACUGCUUUGUGGGGAACCACUUCCGGGAGCAGCUUUGGCGGCUGUACGAGGAGAAGGCUCCCAGGCUGUCCCAAAAGAGAGACUCCAUCAGCACCAGGCUCAGCUCCUUCUCCAGGAAGCUCAGCGACCUCAAGGACACAGGGCCACUGGAGACUCUGGACCAACACAGUAGGGGCCCCUAGUCUAGGGAGGUUACAUGGCAGGACUAUGAGAGGCCUGUCUGUCAGAUGUGUAACAGUUGACACCGGGGAUCCUGAAUAACCCCCAGGCCUAGUCUCCAGGGGACGUUAACCCCCCUAUCUACUCCUAAUUAGGGACAACCUGCAGGCUGGACAGAGGGGAUAUAAACAUAGAUUGAAAUGUCAGUUUUAACAUCCCAUGCCACCAAGCUCAUGUUAGGGGGAAGGGAUAUUAUAUCACCAAAUCUACAGUAUAUGUGCUGGUUAAACCUGUCAUGUUUUCUGAGAUACACAGGCCAGUGUGAUAAUAAGUGUGUGAAAUAUACAACUACAGUGUAUGUGCCUUUGUACUAGUUACAAUAAUGUGGUAUGUGUAUGUUGUUUUUAUUGUAUAUAAGUAACAAAAAUAUGUCAAUGAACACAGAGCCUUCUAAAUGGCAAGAAAAGGUCCAUGCAAACAUCUACUGUGAACUGUAUAAUUUGUGUCUCUUGAACCAUAAUUAACAUUGUAUUGUGUCAAAUGUACAACCCUUAUCAGGAUACGCUAUGAAUUAUAUGUUUUCCAGUCACUCUUCAUUUGAUAUAACAGAACAAUGAAAGCCAGACAGUAAUGGCAGUCUUCUUGGUGUGAAAACAAAACAUAUAUUCAGUUAAGGCCAUGAUCAAGUUGAACAUGGGAAAGCCAGGAGUUGAGUUUGCAUCACAUUAUAGCAAUUUGAAGAUUCAUUUGAUUUUUUUGUCAUACAAUCAAAACUUGCUGUUUUUUUUCUCCUGACAUUUCUGUUUGCAACAAUAAUGGAGACAAGGACAUAGACUGAGUAACAAGCAUGGAUAUAGUCCGUUUUACUGCCACUCUGUGGCUGGGUUUGAGAACUGCAGGUGCAAAGGAAUUCUCUCUGAUUGAUAAUUGCGUAGUUUUGACUUCAAAUUGUAGUUUUAGUUAUUAAAACCCUUCCAGACCCAUCAUAUUAUCAACUAAUAUGGUCUGAACAUUACAAUGAACAGAAUAGGGAAAAACAAAUCAAGGUGACGUACAUGUAAAUACAGGUACUGUACUUCAAUACUGAUUCCUGAUGUGUUUUCCUAAUGACCAGAGAGUACAGAUGUAGGAUCUUAAUUGGAUCACCGUGUUGCAUGAGAAUGUAUAGUGUAUUGGACAUAUUUGAGGUUUAAGAAGGCUUCUGAAGUUUGUAAUUUCCACUUUGAAAUUUCAGAUUGAUUUUACCUUUCGAAAAAUGUGUCAACCCCUGCAAUCUUCUUUUCAUUAAUUAGAAUUCACAUUUCCUGUUGCUGCAGGAUUAUUUUCCUGCUGUAGCAAACUGGCUCAAAUUAAGAUCCUACAUCUGUAAGCCUAUGUGUGAUCUUUUCUUUCCUCUUAGGAUAUGAUAUGAUUUCCUGUUGAUGCUACCGUACUGUAAAUACUACCAUACCGA